AUGCACGACUCACGCUUCGCGCCGGAGCAGUCUAAACCACCGCAGAGCCUAGCUCUCAAGGCUUUGUUCAUCACCACUCUCGUCGCUCUUCUCAUCGCUGUAUUACUGAUGUACCUCAUUGAUCACUUGAGCCGGCGAUGCGUCUGGGUUCGCCGUCGUUUGGAAAGGUUUUGCGACUCGCAGUGCGAAGACUGGACCAACAAACUCCCUCUUGGUCGAAGCGAUGCAUUCUCCUUCCUCUUUCACGACUUGCUUACCAUGUCAACCGAGUCAAAGCAAAGACUGUUGGACAUUCUCCAGGCUGCUGAGCUGGAGCAGGAGGGCUUUCAUGGUAGCAUGUUCCCUGACGAGUGGCUAGAGUUUCUCCCUUGGCGCAUUGUGCAGGCUUUACAUCCUGCUGUCUCCAUGAGCUUGUCGGACCUACCUGCGAACAACAGUGGUGACCAAGGCCCAGAGGUCAUCUACGGCAGCAAGGCAUGGUUCCAGACCCCGCAUGACGGCCGAAUCCUGCCAAAGAUCGUUCAUCACCCAGACAUUGUCACAACCACAGGGGGUUCACGUAACUCACGACGGCUAGAGAAAGACGCUUGCCUCGACAACAUACUCACCGUCCUAAAGGAGCCCCUCAUCCGGGACAUGAGAGCGGCUCAUCGAGUCACGCCCACAGAGGACUUGACCUUCUCCUGGGAAUUCAUGUUCGCCAUUCGAUGGGCCUGGACCGACAACUCCUACCUCGUGGACUUCCAAACCCGCUAUGAGGUGCCCAUCUGGGGGGUGCCUGUGCCGCAACGCUUGCUGACCGCCGGCACGGACACGGGUGCGGGUCCACGUCGGCGGGUAUUCAAACCCCACUUCGGCUUUGUGGGGUUCUGGGCUGGCGCUUUCCAGAUCGCCGUGGAUUCCGCGGCGAGAGCGGCGCGAGUCGAGUUGGACGAGGACUUGGACAUGCCGGCGCCGAAGGAUUUGGAGAAGGUGAUCAAUGGCUUUCGGAUGCUGCACACGGCUCUCCUCUCCAAUUUUGCGGCCGCGUUUGAUGAAAACCGCGAUGCGGCUUUUUCUCUGGAGGAAGUUGUGCAGCAGGCUUUUCACGACGCUGUGACGAGUGAAUAUACUCAUGAAAUGGACCGAGAGGUCGAGGAGCACUGGAGGGCACUCGCGAAGUGGCGGCCUUCGGGUUUUGGUUCUUCAAGUUUACGGGUCAGAUAUCUUAAUGACAGAGAUGAUUUGUGA